UUGCUCCCGCUGGUCCGGUUAAAAACCCAGAGAGCUGGAGGGAAGGCUCAACAUGCUGUCGAGGAUGAAGACCAUUUGACACUGCUUCAAAAUAGGGAGAAUAGUUUGGGGUUUUUUUUUAGAGAAAAGAAAUCAACACCCUCUGCAGACAUGACCACGUUUGACGACAUCCUGGAGGAAGCGGGGCCGUUCGGCCGCUGUCAGAAGCGCAUCUUCGCGCUCUUCUGUCUGGUGUCCAUGCCCUGGGCCGGCGUGUACGUGGGCAUCGUCUUCCAGGGCUUCACGCCGGACCACUGGUGUCGGGACCCCGCCGUGGUGGAGAGGAGGCAGGCGUGCGGCUGGAGCCUGGCGGACAGCCGCAGGCUGACGGUGCCGCCGGUCAACGGCUCCGGGACGCCGCCGCAGCGGAGCAGCUGUGAGCGCUACGAGGUGGACUGGAACCGCACGGCGCUCGCCUGCGACACGCGGGAACUGGACCUCGGCACAACGCCCACGACCUCCUGCAAGGACGGCUGGGAGUACGACUACGAGGGCAGGCAGUCCUUCGUCACCGAGUUCGACCUGGUGUGUUCGGAGGGAUGGCUGGUGGACAUGUACCAGGCCAGUCUCAACGUGGGCUUCCUGGUCGGGAGCAUUGCCAUCGGCUACAUGGCCGACAGGUUCGGCAGGAAGAUGAGCUUCCUGCUGUCCAACCUGUUGAACGGGGUCGCGGGGAUCCUGGUGGCCGUGGCCCCCAACUACGUGUCUCUGCUGGUGUUCCGCACGCUCUACGGGUUCGGAGUGAAGGGCGGCUGGGUGGCGGGAUACGUGCUGAUCACAGAGAUCGUGGGGGUGGAGUACAGACGGACGGUGGGAGUCAUCUACCAGAUGUUCUUCAGCGUCGGCAUCCUCCUCCUGCCUCUGCUCGCCUACUUCAUCACCGACUGGCGCUGGCUGCAGGUCGUCAUCACCGCCCCCUACCUCCUCUUCCUCUCCUACUACUGGUUCAUCCCGGAAUCUCCAAGAUGGCUGCUGUCUCAGAACAAAAAGGCCAAAGCCGUGAAGAUCACCGAGGACAUGGCCAAGGAAAACAAGAUGACUCUGUCCAAAAACAUUGAGACUCUGGCAGACGACAACGCUGACUUCACCACCGCCUCCUUCAUGGACCUGAUCAGAACUCCGAAAAUGAGAAAACACACUCUCAUCCUCAGCUACAACUGGUUCACCAGCGCCGUGGUCUACCAGGGUCUGAUCAUGAGGCUGGGGAUCCUGGGAGGGAACGUCUACAUCGACUUCCUCAUCGCCGGCCUGGUCGAGUUCCCCGCCGCCUUCCUCAUCCUCUUCACCAUCGAGCGCGUCGGCCGGCGUCUCCCCUUCGCCACCGCCAACUUCGUCGCCGGAGUCUCCUGCUUCGUCACCGCCUUCAUCCCCGACAGUAUGUUCUGGUUCAAGACGGUGGUCGCCUGUGUCGGUCGGCUGGGUAUCACCAUGGCCUUUGAGAUGGUGGUGUUCGUCAACACUGAGCUCUACCCGACGUUCGUCAGGAAUCUGGGCGUGUCCGUCUGUUCCACUCUGUGUGACGUCGGAGGCAUCGUGGCUCCGUUCCUGCUCUACCGGCUCGCCGUCAUCUGGCUGGAGCUGCCGCUCAUCAUCUUCGGGUCUCUGGCGUUCCUGGCCGGUGGUUUGGUGCUGCUGCUCCCCGAGACCAGAGGCGUGCAGCUGCCCGACACCAUCGAUGACAUCGAGUUCCCCGACAGAAUGAAGGAGAAAGUUGCACUGAAGAACCAGCAGUUGGCCAACUUGUUGCCCAGCAACAACAACGACGACGUGUCGACCAACAAAGAUCCAGCGACUGUCUGAGAGUCUCUCUGAGCCCAUCAAGUAUUUAUUUAUGUUGUUUGACAGAGACUGAAUCUGCUGUUGCGUUCCUUUUUCAUUAAAGCCUCAGGGAUGAGCCACGCGAAGUGAGACGUUGAAAUAAUUUUUAUCAAAAGAUUGCGUCCGACUCGGACAAUCUCCUGCCGCGUUCUUCGUUCCUGAACGGCAAACGACGGAAAAAAUGUACGGACCCAGUGUUCUGGUCAUUCGUGCCAUGCUUUGCCAAAAACCAAAGAUGGUAUAUAUAUUUAUAUAUAGAGAGAGAGAGGUAAUUACAGAAUGUAAAUAUAGAUAUUGCAGACCUGAUGGACAUUAUGUUAACUUCGAACUGAAGACGGUUCCCCACCGGCUCCUUUAUUUCAGGAAAACAAACUCCUUUAUGUGUUAUUUAAAUAUUUAUCUAUGUUUAUGAUACAGAUACAACAAGAAGCAGGAAAAUCUUCCAGAUCCUUUCAGGUCAUAUUUUAAGAAAGAUCUUCAGAAGCAGAUGUCAAAUUAAAGUCCGACGAAGGAACACAAUAACUUGGGGAAUUCUUAAAAACGUCCUCUCCCUCACCUCCCAGUCCUGCAGAACACAUUUAAAACCUCAGUUUCAUACGUUUUUAAUCUUUAAUUUCGUGUCACAUUGUACAUGUUUUCUGAAUAGUUUUUUUUCUUUUUUUAACUAGAUGCAAAAA